AUGAGCUUUUGUUUUGUUUUUAAUGUGUGGUCAGUUGUUAGGAUGGGCUUUUAUUUUGAACGGGUGAGAAUGAGAGUGUGGUCCUGACUAACAGACGGCUGAGGAAAUAAGCAUUAUUCUUAUAGUUCUUUACUGAUUCAUGAGGAAACAGAGGACGACCACAGCUGGGGGACAUCACUGUGUGCGUCAUGGACAGCGCUUAAUCUCCUGAAAGGUAAAUGAUCAUCACUGUCAUUUAUUCCCAAAGCAGUAAAACCUCAAUGUUUCUAUUUUAAAGCAUGUUUCUCUGGUGACAUCCAGGUUGGACGUUCACCCUCUUCACAGAGUAACGUGAUAGUGUGCGCAUGCGACGUUGGCUCAACAGGUUUAUAUGUGUCUUAUUUUUGGUCGCAUCACGUGGUAGGAGUGGCUAAUUGCUGCUAUUUAGGCUUUUCUUAUGGAUCUCACUCCUUUCGUGCAUGAACAUUUCAGAUGCUACAAGGAAAAGUCCAGAUGUCUCUGCUCAGGUCCCUGGUAUUGGUUUUCCUGAUUUUUGGAUACUUCGCUUGUUCUGAGCCCGAAGACGGAGUUGACGCACAAGAACCCCAAAAAAACGAUGUGGAACUAAAUAAUGACGCCCACAACACCAAGUGCUGUCCCAGUAAGCGAACUAGACGUUCAACAGAGAAACAGUGUAUAAAUGUGAUAUUAAAUGACAACGGACAUCUGUGUUGUGGACCAAAAGAUAACAAGACAGUCCUCAACAGAGCCUCUGAUCACCACUAUUGCUGUGGUAAAGAACAGUAUGACAACAGAAAUCAAAGAUGCUGUCACGUUAAAGGAAGUCUUGAAAUACUGAAUAACAGCAAACAGCUGUGUUGUGGACCAGAUUAUGACAAGACCGUCCUGACCAGAACCUCUGAUCACCACUAUUGCUGUGGUAAAGAACAGUAUGACAACAGAAAUCAAAGUUGCUGUCACGUUGAAGGAAGUCUUGAAAUAUUGAAUCACAGUGAAAAGCUGUGUUCUGGACCACAUUAUGUCAAGAGAGUCGUGAACAGAACCCCUAAACAACGCUAUUUCUGUGGUAAAGAACAGUAUGACAACAGAAAUCAAAGUUGCUGUCACGUUAAAGGAAAUCAUGAAAUAUUGAAUGACAGCAAACAGCUGUGUUGUGGUCCAAAAGAUAACAAGACAGUCCUGGACAGAACCUCUGAUCAUCACUAUUGCUGUGGUAAAGAACAGUAUGACCACAGAAAUCAAAGUUGCUGUCACACUGAAGGAAAUCUUGUGACACUGAAUAACAGCGAACAGCUGUGUUGUGGACCAGAUUAUGACAAGACCGUCCUGGACAGAACCUCCAUCUACCACUAUUGCUGUGGUAAAGAACAGUAUGACCACACAACUCACAGCUGCUGUAACGUUGAAGGAAGUCUUGUAAUACUGAAUAACAGCGAACAGCUGUGUUGUGGACCAGAACAUAACAAGACAGUCCUGAACAGAACCUCUGAUCAUCACUAUUGCUGUGGUAAAGAACAGUAUGACCACACAACUCACAGCUGCUGUCACGUUGAAGGAAGUCUUGAAAUAUUGAAUGACAGUGAACAGCUGUGUUGUGGACCAGAACAUAACAAGACAGUCCUCAACAGAGCCUCUGAUCACCACUAUUGCUGUGGUAAAGAACAGUAUGACAACAAAACUGAGUGCUGCUGUCACAAGGAAAACCGAAGUCUUCGGAUACAAAAAAAGGACGACAACUGCUGUAAAAAUGAAACAACUGCUGAGCGACCUAAACGUUCAGCGGAGGAACUGUGUGGUAAUGAGACCUAUGACAACAGAACUCACUGCUGCUGUGACACGAGAGAUGAUCUUCAGAUACAACAUAAUGACUCCUACUGCUGUAAAAGUUUGAAACAGCAGGUAAGAUUCAACUCAACAACAUCUAACAACAUCUCAUCUCAUCUGUCAAGUCACCAAGAAACAAAACAACUACCAACAACUGUUGCUUAUUCAUCCUGACUCAUCAUAAAGUGUUUGGUUUGUUGAUGGUUUUGUAUUUAGUUGCCUUGAAAGUGAUGAUGCAUUAAAGCAUUGUUUGUUGUGUUUUACAUUUUCAGACUCACGCACAGUCAUCUGUCGACAGUGAGCCACACAAACGCCUCACUAGGUCUAUAAGGCAGAACAAACGCUGUGGCUGUGGGAGAAAGUGCUGGUGCUGCUGCUCAGGUCGAUGCCCUGCUGUUCCCAUCAAGUGCAAACCACACGUAUGUGUGUGCUGGGAUGGCUGCGUAUCUAAGAGAAAGUCUCAGAUGAUUCAAGGACAGACAGGACAAGGAGGAAUGUAGACUGAAUGAAUGAAGAAUGAAGACCCCGGUGUUCUCUACCACCCAGCUAAAGCCGCUGUGUGUUGUUCUCAGUGUCAUGACUCGCCUGGACAUCGCUGCUGCUGGAGGAAAACCUUCAGGCCUUGCACUGACAUCUGCUGCGGUGGCCGCAGGACCACAAGUUCUACUUCCCCAAGACAAGAUUCAGAUGCUGCCGUCGAAGGUAUUACAACCCGGCCGUGUGUUCAUGCUGUGCUUCUUCAACAACGAAACCUUUGUUGAAGAAGGUUGAAAGAUGUCUUUGUUGAUCCCAACCAUCGCUCUGUUCUCCGGUCCCUUCAUUUCAUUUUCUCCAGCUGUUCCUAUCAGUAAACCAAAUUCCUUCCAGGGAACACGUGUCUGUCAUUAUACUCAACACGUUAACCACAUUUGUUGACAGUACUUCUCUGAUUGGACUCGGCGGCAACUUUUGACAACUCCAAAGCCUCCACGCAGACGACUGCGUGUGACAUGUGAACCCACAAGCUGUCAUAUAUACAUUAUUAUUGUCUAGCGUGGCCAUUUAUGAGGAGCUCCUUCACUGUGUGGAGCACGGUGACUCACACAUUUACUCACUGUGAAGGACACUACUAGUACUAGUACAGUGCCAAACCAAAGCUACAGGGCUCAAAGCUUAGAUUAUCUAAACUACUGUGGAGCAGCUGGAUCCACUCUUAGUUGCCAUGGUAGCAGGUAAUAGACAGGAAUGUUACUUAACUGCUUUCUGUCCACAUAAGCUAAACUACUACAAGAAAGUUUUCUAUGAAUAUUACAUUCGUCCUUUUUUAAUGUGAUUGUUGCACUGAACUUUAUGAAAAAUGGCAAAUAUUUGCACAUCACUUAAAUUAUUAUGUGUUUACGUUUAAGUGAGAUGAGUCACGAGUGACAAAGCUACUAAUUGAUAAGCACCGUCAAACUAUCAGGGAUAUAAAUGCCAAACUCCUGCCCCAAAGGUUCCACUGGAGGCUCUUGUGUAUGUGAAACAGUUACUAUAUUGACUGUACGGUUGAAUGUAACAUACAGUGGACUCCAGUUGUAUUCAUGCUAAGGUGCUUUUGUACUGUAAUCAGUGAUUAAACUCAUCUGGUGCACAGCACAUUGCUUUUUCAUACAACUGUGUGUUUACUGUAUAUGUGAAUGAUUUCAUCAUAGUUACUGUCUAUAUUCAUAAAACUAUAAACUAUAUCUUAUACUGCAUGUGUAUUUUUAAACGACCCUACUCUGGGUGACGUUUGACUAUUUGUCUUCAAUAAACAACUAUUAUUAUUAA